UGCCAAGAUUUAUUAGCGAAAUCCUGAAACUAAUCUAUCAAUAUUUUUAUAGACCCAAGGUGACAUACCAUUAUUUAUGCAGAAAAAAAUGACCAUUCUGCAUUCUGCUGAUGGAGGGCUUUAUUCUGCUUUAGAUAUGUUGUGUUCAAUGUUCAAUUUGACAACAUUGUCAUCUGUGAUUGUCAUUGUCAGUGCCAAAUUUUUCGUUGUUUUAAAUCCAUAAGCAAUGUUAAAUAAAUAAUUUAAUGCAAAUAAUACAAAACAGGGAGAAAAAUUAAAUACUUUGAAUUUGCAGGAAUAUUUUGAACUUCCCACUGGAAUUGAUAUUAUAUUAGGAAGUCUAUAAAACUAUUUGAUCACUUUGCACUUUAGGUUGAUAUGUCCAGUGCCAGUUAAUCGUUUAGUUUGAGCUUGAACCACUUGUGAUUUAUAUGCCGUGCUUGAACUAUGGUUUGAACCAAAAAAUUCUAAUAUUUAGAUGUAGAUCAUGUGUUGUCCUAGAAAUGAAUUUUCCUGUGAAACCCAAUGAUUCAGACUGUUGUAAUUCCGGAUGUAAUCCAUGUAUUUUUGAUGUAUACGAAGCACAGCUCAAGAAAUACAAAAACUUUCAAAUCAUUAGUGAAAAACGUAAUUGUAUAACGUCCACAUCUUAUACUGUAUUCAAACUGUUAAAUAUAGAAAAACAUACAACUGAUAGUUAUUUAUAUACUUUUGAAUAUGUACACUCAAACAGUAAUGAUUCUCAAUGUGAAAAAGACAAGUUAACUUUAUUCUAUGAACCAGGACAAUAUUUUUUGUUAAAAAGCCCUAUAGAUGAUGGUAAAUCUUUCUGUAGGGCUUAUACACCUAUUUUUAUUGAAGAUCAGCCUUCGUUACAAUUCACAAUCGUUGUAAAAAUAUAUGAGAACGGCAAGAUGUCAAAAUAUUUAAAACUAUUGGAAAAGGGUAGCGAAACUUUAUGGAGAGGUCCGUAUGGUGAUUUUAGAGUUAAUUUUUCAUGGAAAAACAUUCUUUUUAUUGCACAGGGUACAGGAAUAGCUCCUGUAUAUAGUAUAUUAUGUGCAAUGUUAGAAAAUGAAGAAUGCUAUACUGUGAUAAAUUUAUCUUUUUGUUGUACUAUCGAUAACAUAAUUUUACAUGAUAAAAUCUAUAGCCUGGCACAUUACUGGAAUUUUAAAUACGAACUGUUUAUAUCUAAUCCAACUAAUAAGACUUUUUCUAAAAAAUAUAACGAAAUAGUACAUAAUUGUAAAUUGAAAAAAUGUAAUAUUGAAAGUUUUAUAAAAAGUGCGAAAAAUAUUAAAUUUAUUAUUUGUGGAAGUGAACUUUUUUCUGAGAGUAUACAACAAAUUCUAGUGGAAAGUGAUAUUAAACAGAUUGACAUUAUUGUACUUUAAUUAUAGAACAUUCUUUAAAUAAUAUACAAUAAGGGUCUUUAAAUAUUGUACAAAAUAAUCAAAUGAAAAUGUUUAAUUCUUUAUCUUUGUAAAUAAAAGCAU